GACUUCUCCACCAGACGGCUCCACAUCGCAUUUCGCCAUGCACGACGUCUACACCCUUUGUCGCGCUAUCACUUCCCCUUCGCAUAUCUGCUAUCGUCAGCCUUUUUAUUCGUAUUGCGACACCAACGGAUGAAGCUAGCACUUGUUGAGAAGGAUAGGAGAUAGACUGGCACUUGUGAUGUCAGAUUCUGUGGAUCGCGUCUUUAGUCAUGCCCUCAACACUGUCAAUAAGAUCCGCACCGGAUCGCAGAAACCUCCCUCGGCGAUACGACUAAAGCUCUAUGGCUUAUACAAACAAGCAAUGGAAGGGGAUGUUGACGGCAUCAUGGAACGAUCCGAAGGCAGCGGCGAAGAAGCGCAUCGAGCGCAAGAGAAAUGGGACGCGUGGAAACAACAAAACGGGCUCUCGCGCACAGAAGCCAAGCGUCGCUACAUCACCACUGUCAUAGACACCAUGCACAAGUAUGCGUCCCCGAGUCCGGACUCCCGCGAGCUCGUCGCUGAACUGGAAUUCGUCUGGGACCAGGUCAAGUCGAAUGUGCCAUCCUCGUCAUCCUCGUCGCCGCUGCAAACACUAGGGAGUAUGGGACUGCAUAUGCCGCCGAACUACCCGCAACUAGGGACGUCUGGCGCGUCGCGGAUGUUCAGAGAUAAACAGGACACAGAAGACGCGCCGUUGCAGAUCCGUAGUCCGAUGUCGCAAUCGGAAGAAGACGAGCUGGAAGAAGAGCAAGGCGAAGAAUUCGUUGACGCCCAGGACUCGCAAUACAACCCCAACACCGAAGGCGAAGGCGAAGCCGAGGACGCCGGCGUGCAAACCGACCUCGGUGCCCAAGACCCUUCGUCCUCGAAAGUGCUCAUCAAACCUCCAUCCCUACCCCCCGAAACCCCUCUUGACCAGAAAUGGCGCAAAAGAGUGGAACAAGCGCUGGUCAGGAUGACAGCUGAAGUCGCCGCGCUACGGGAGCAGUUGGAAUCGCAGCGCCUGUUUAGCCAUGGCCGCCGGUAUAGAUUCUUUCGGUGGCUGUUACGGUUCAUGUGGGGCGCUUUGAAACAUGUUGCCGUUGAUAUUGUUAUACUGGGUUUAAUACUCCUCUGGAUGCGGCGGAAGAAGGAUAGAAGACUUGAAGGUGCUAUGAGAGUGCUGUUGGGAGAUGCGGUGGCCCAGGUGCAGAAGGUUGGGGGGAAGCAGAUUGGGAAGAUGCAUUUGCCGGGGUUGGGGGGAAAGAAGGUGAAUCCGAGCUAGGCCAUGAAAAUGGGGCGAGGAAGGCUUCUAGGUUUUGUUGGAUCUAUAGUGGGCAUAGGUUGCGAUGUGGUAUGAUAUCAAUGGACACUAGGAAGUAUGAUUCAUGUUGUACGAUUUAGAUUAUCAAGCGAUACGCUGUUGGUGGAUAUAGAGCUUGAGUCGCAU